AUGGCGGCUGGCCUGCAGGUCUUGCUGCAUUGCAGCUCUGCCUGUCCUGCAAACUGCUUGAAGGAGAAAGAGCACACCGAGUCCUUGGUGCCCCAAUCCAGCGGAGCAGGCCCCGCCCAGAACACGGGUCAGGUGGCCACGUCCAGCUACGAGGGCACGCUGCGUGGGGCGGGGCUUCUUACCCAACUGCGCUUCCCAAUUGGCUUCGGGGCUUCCUUUGAGCUGGUCGCGAGGAGGUGUGCAAUCCGCGCUUUCCAGUGGCUUCGGGGGGCUGCUGCUUUGGCGGGAGUUGGCGGCUGGUGUGAGGAUCCUGGUCUGAGCGGCCUGUUGGGGACCCAGCAGGAGAGGGGGCAUCCAGGACCCGACGUGGGGCAGGUGCUCUGCGAAUAUCUUGAGGCUCUCAUUGCCACCAUGUUGGAAAGCAGACUCCAGACCAAACCAAGGAGCAGCCCCAGUGGCCGAGAGACUAGCUUGUGGUCCUCAGGCUUUGGGAUGAAGCUGGAGGCUGUCACCCCUUUCCUGGGCAAGUAUCGUCCCUUUGUGGGUCGCUGCUGCCAGACCUGCACCCCCAAGAGCUGGGAGUCCCUCUUCCACAGAAGCAUAAGGGACCUAGGCUUUUGCAAUGUGAUCCUGGUGAAGGAGGAGAACACCAGGUUUCGGGGCUGGCUGGUUCGGAGGCUCUGCUAUUUCCUGUGGUCCCUGGAGCAGCACAUCCCCCCCUGCCAGGAUGCCCCGCAGAAGAUCAUGGAAAGCACUGGGGUACAGAACUUUCUCUCAGGGAGGGUACCAGGAGGUGCUGGGGAAGGCCAGGUACCUGACCAUGUGAAGAAAGAGGUACAGCGCAUCGUGGGUCACAUCCAGGCCCCACCCUGUCCCUUCCUGGUCAGGCUGUUCAGCUGGGCACUGCUGCGGUUUCUGAACUGCGUCUUCCUGAAUGUGCAGCUCCACAAGGGUCAGAUGAAGAUGGUCCACAAGGCUGCCCAGGUGGUAAGACCCGCCCUCCUUUGGGAUUGGGAUGGCAGGAGCAGAGAAGCAGAGGCAGAGGCUGGGCCAAGCCCUUAAGUCAGGAGUAGUCCCAUUCUGGUCCUGCUUCCUGGCCUCUGCUCCCAGCCAUACAGCAGCGCAGUCCCCAUCAGCUGGUGGGAAAAAUCCACUGCUCUUUGCCGACCUUCCCUUUAUGUCUCACGGUCUUGUUCCCACGGGGCUUCCUCUAAUGUCUUUUCAUCAUGGUCUUAACAA